GUGACCAAGACCACUUCUGGAAAAACACUUUGUGUUACGCAACAAACGACCCGAGACUCAAAACAUUUGAUGGACAAUACUACAGCAUGCAACAAGAGGGAGAGUUUAUAAUGUACAAACAUAAGCAAUACCCUGUGGAGGUUCAGAUUGAGACAGAGCUAUGUAACGGAGGGUGGGCAUCCUGUACGUGUGGUGUGUCUGUACGAGCUGGCAAAGACCUGUUCGUGGUCAACCAUUGCCAUGACGACCACCUUGUAGCUGCUGUUAACACAACUGACGGAGUUUUAGAUGGUGUGCAGCGAUCAAGCUACAGUCAAGAAUUCUACCUUCCAUACGGAACCUCAAUACAAGUAUACUACUUUGUUUCAACAUGGUGGUCACCAAUGAACGUUUAUAUAUAUCCUUCUCCUGCUGACAUGAACAACGUCGAAGGCCUUUGUGGACACUUAAAUGGCAACUGGAGUGACGACUUCGUACAUCGUAACGGCGCUAAGACACAAUCACAAAGCUACUACUGGAGAUGGUGGUGGUGGGGCGGAGACCCUGUAGAUUUUUCUAAAUCUUGGCAAGUUUCAAACGACGAGUCAUUGUUGAAUCCUGACCGGAUAGCAAAGCUUUCAAAAUGGAACGAAGAAGAGCAAUACUGCGUUUGUCCGGAGAAACUGGACGGAGACAGAGAACCGACCUGUCAUCGCAGAGAGGCUGAUUCGUGCGCGAAGAUUGAGGAUAAACCUGGGAAAAGAUUUGGGUCAUUGAAAACCGAUAGAGAUCGACGUUCCGUUAAUUAUUUGGAUGAGCAUGAUAUAAUCGAAAGACUUCAUAAUUUGAUGACAAAACGCAUUCACAAGCGUAGCAUCAGUCGUGUGAAGCGGGAAGUUAAUGCUUCUGAUGUCGACUAUGAUAAGGCAGUCGCAGAGUGUCAGAAGUAUCUCAAUGCUAACUGCAAUGGCGCAGACGCUGCGUCGGCAUCAAGUAUAGCUGGAAACACAUCCAACGACUGUGCACAGGAUAGAAUGGUGGAUGAAAAUGCAGAUUCCUCUGCUGCCACAGAAUCGGCCUGUGUUAGCACAAAGUCUGUUGCAAAACAGAUAGUAGAAAGGGAUAUAGAGUUUCAGGCAGCCAAUCCCAGUGUUACACAAAAGUUUGAACAAACAUGCGUUGACAAUUGUCAUGGAAACGGCGUUUGCAAAGGAAAUGAUACAUGUGAAUGCAAGGAAGGGUUUGAUCCCUUAAGCAACUGUAAGGUGAACGUAUCCGAACCGCCCGAGAUCAUUAGCACAACUGGAGGUGGCGUUUGCAAUCCAAAGAUGAAAGCGUGUGAGGCGUUACGAUACACGACCAAGCAUGGAUGCAGUGUGGAAAGUGUGUGCAAAGUGACGGCAAAAGAAUUUUACCAAAGUGGAAACAAAAUUACCCAUGAGACCACCUACGUAGCGGCAAUUUGCGACAAUGGCUGGGAUGCAUAUUGCCCCAUUCCUUUCAACAGUCGGCGUAAGAGAUCUGUCGAUCCAUUGCUGGUAGUGGAGUACGAAACAGCGAUAAGCAACAACAACAUCAGCUUCAGUAUAAGUACACCUGUGGCUGUUCUUGACUCAACGUGUCUUUUGUUCCACUCCUCCACCGAGGUUAUUACUAUUGACCCCCAGUAUUGCCUGAUUGCUGGUACAUGUGUUCUCUCUGGAGAGAGGGAUCCUGGUAAUGCGUGUAGCUAUUGUAGCCCAGACAAGGACACGUAUGCAUGGCAAACUGACGGUUGUGAGGAGCCAACGUCAAACAAGACGCCUGUGAUAAUUGGCGUAGCUGUAGCAGUUCCUUUGGCAGUGAUUCUGUUUGUGACAGUGGCUAUAAUUCUGUACAAGAAACAUAAAUCCAACAAAAUCAGAACCGAAUCAAGUCUGUAUGACAAUGUCAUGAGGUGCCACUUCAAGUACCCGACUCUACGAGUAGAAAAACCUUGCUACGAGAUGCCGUCUUCUCCAAACGAAACCACAUCGGAAUAAAGAGACAGAAGAAAACCGCGUACUUACCUUUUACUAGUUGUUAUGUUUUUUGUGCACAGAACGAAUAGAAAUUAUUGCAAAAGGCGGACUUGGUGGCCUUUCAAAGAUCUGUAAAAGUCCAUUACUUUAAUUUUACAUUUUUAAUUGUAUUGUGCAUGAACGAAUGAAACUAGAACAUAGUAUACGUAUAGUGUAAUCUAUAAAAAUAGAA